UAGUCAAAACAGAAGAACAAUGGGAGCAUCGGCGAUACCUAUAUUGGCUUUCACGAUCAUAUGGGGCAUUGUAGGGAUAGGUUUACCAUUCUUCAUUCCUAAGGGACCAAACCGUGGAAUACUUCAAGUGAUACUAGUGAUGACAGCUUUUACAUGUUGGUUGUUUUGGCUGUGUUGCUAUAUGGCACAAAUGAAUCCAUUGAUUGGACCAAAACUAGAUAGCACAACGAUAAAGAUUAUGGCACGAGAAUGGGCUAAAGAUAUCACGGAUGGUUAACAAGAUAUUGUAGCUAUAAAAACUUAUAAGCUAUAGGAACUUAUAAUUUUAAAUAUAUGCAUUUGCAUUCUUUCUCUAAAACAUAUAUAUGCAUAAAUAAUCUUUUUAACUAAGUUAUAUAAUUAUAGAAAAUAGACAAAAACAAAAUAUAUAUUAGUAUAUUGAUAAUUUAUAUAUUAAAAACAUGUAUAAUUUGAAACCUUAUUAUUAAAUUAUGAUUAUUUAAAGGAUAACACGCAUAUAAGACAUUUAUCAUUGUUACUUAGAGAAUUACCUAAAAAUUAAUAAAGAAAAAUAAUUACUUUUAUUUUUAUUAUGUUGCAUAUGCAUAUAUAUAUUCAUUAUAUGUAAAAUAAUACUUAUCGUCAUACUGUGUCACACAUAUAUGGUAUGAUAAUAUAUUAUUUCGUAUAACAUAAUGAAAUUCAGAAGAAUAUCUUAAACUUAAUACAACUGUUAUUCACACAUACACACACAUUCCUGUAUAUAAUUUAUAGAAAACUGUUAAAAUAUAUUGGCAACCACAAACACUCCUCUCUAAAUGAA